CAAAUUACACAUGCAACAUGUGGUGAGCCAGCAGAUAUGAUGUAACAGAAAAUUAUGUAUGUGCCCUAUAUAAACACAUUCUAACUCUCAUUUAGACAAAUUAGGCUCAGGGAAAGAGAAAACUUGCUAUGAAUCAUGGGGUUAUAUGGGCGUUAAACGGUUAUAUAAACUGUAUGUAGAUGUUCUAAGUUGGGAUGAGUCUGAUGGGCCUGCGCACCAAUUGAUCAGAGUGAGAUCAGCGAGUUUGACGUCAGAAACAGCAAACAAAUGACCGCAUAAAAAGAGGAAACCUGUCUAGGAAAAAAAAAAAAGGAAAAACUCUGGGCACACGGCAGAGCCGGAGAAGUCUAGCGAGCGCUGCAAAGCAAACAAACACGCUGUCACAUCAGUUCCGCACCUUGGCAGUACGGAAAGCUCGAGAGCCUAAAGAUGCCCCAUUCAAGCAGCUCCACGUCCUCCACAAAGAGCAUCCGCAGAGCAGCGUCCGAGCUGGAGAGGUCGGAUUCCAUCACGCUAUGUUUUAGGAUUUACCUUGAUUGCAUUGCUGUUCCAAUGCGCAUUUGGAGAUGUAAAGCGCUCCCAUCAAAUACCCAAAGCGACAUCCAAAAAUCUCAAAGAUUCCUCGGCAGACGCCAGAGCUUGAUCGAAGAUGCGCGCAAGGAGAGGGAAGCUGCUGCCGCGGCUGCGGAGGCUGCAGAGGCCAGCGAGCACAUUGUGUUUGAGGAGGAAGACGGAAAAGCUCUGCUGAACAUCUUCUUCACGUUGAGGAGCUCCAAGACACCUGCGCUGUCCCGGACACUCAAAGUUUUCGAGACUUUUGAAGCAAACAUUCACCACUUGGAGUCACGGCCACGUCGGAAGCUGAAGGAUAACCUCGAGGGCCUGGAGUACUUUGUUCGCUGUGAACUGCACCUCUCAGACGUCAGCACUUUGGUCAGCUCCAUCAAAAGGAACGCAGAAGAUGUCAAAACCACCAAAGAAGUCAAAUUUCACUGGUUCCCAAAGAAGAUUGCAGAUUUGGACAGAUGUCAUCACCUGGUCACAAAAUUUGAUCCAGACUUAGAUCAAGACCAUCCUGGCUUCACAGACCCGGUCUACAGACAGAGAAGGAAGAUGAUUGGCGACAUCGCCUUCAGUUACAGACAGGGACAGUCAAUACCCAGAGUGGAAUACACUGAGGAGGAAAUCGGCACGUGGCGAGAAGUCUAUACAACUCUGAGGGACUUGUACAACACCCAUGCCUGCAGCGAACACCUGGAGGCAUUCCGUCUGCUUGAGAGGCACUGCGGGUACAGUCCGGACAACAUUCCCCAGUUGGAAGACGUGUCACGCUUUCUUAAAGAGCGCACGGGGUUCCAGCUGCGUCCGGUGGCCGGUCUGCUCUCGGCCAGAGACUUUCUGGCCAGUCUGGCGUUCCGUGUGUUCCAGUGCACCCAGUACAUCCGACACGCCUCCACCCCAAUGCACUCCCCAGAACCUGACUGUGUCCAUGAGCUGCUGGGCCACGUCCCCAUGCUGGCUGAUCGCACCUUUGCCCAGUUUUCACAGAACAUCGGUCUAGCAUCUCUCGGGGCUUCAGAUGAAGAUAUUGAGAAACUGUCAACGCUUUACUGGUUCACAGUGGAGUACGGCCUUUGUAAACAAAAUGGAGAAGUGAAAGCUUAUGGGGCUGGAUUGCUUUCUUCCUUUGGAGAACUUGUGCACUCUCUGUCUGAUGAACCGGAGACGCGGGAGUUCGAUCCAGAGGCAGCUGCCAUGCAGCCCUACCAGGACCAAGACUACCAGCCUGUGUACUUUGUCUCAGAGAGUUUCUCCGAUGCCAAGGAGAAAUUCAGGAGGUAUGUGGCUGGCAUCAAGCGACCCUUCUCGGUCAGAUUCGAUCCCUACACCUCCUGUGUGGAAGUCCUGGACAACCCACUGAAGAUCCAAGGGGGCCUGGAGAGUGUCAAGGAUGAACUCAAGACUCUAACAGAUGCCCUCAGUGUUUUGUCGUGAAGUGGGCGACCACUCCGCUGAGUUCUACAUUCUCCAACAUGUGGCAUGACCAGUGUGUUCAUCUUUCUGUGCUGUACCUCCAGUUUGAUGCUGAGUUUGUUGCUUGUUGUGGCUGCCGGGCGGGAAAAUAAAGGUUUUAAACGUUGAAAACCUUCAAACGCAGGUGCCGGCAAAGGAUCCAAAGAUGUUUAGUGCUUUGCUGGGUGUGGAUGAAUUUGUGAAAUUAUGUGUUUUCUCUCAUGACUGGUUUUACUUGAAUAAAGGAAAACCGUGUUGAGAAACGUGCUGACCGUGGAGCCAAAGUCAAAAGGGACUGGGAUUAUGAAUGUAUGCAAAUAAAGCUAAACAAGCUAAAGCAUUUUGAAAUAUAAAAAACAUAAUUCUAUAGUUAAGAUUAAAAUGUAUAUUUCAAUAAUUUAUUUUAACAAAAAAAUACAACAAAAAAUUGACAGAUAUGUAGCUCCACGACAUAAUGAGUUAUAUGCAUAUGCAUUUCAUUUAAAAAUGUUAUCUUGCUGUGUUUGUGAUGCUGUUUGGUCUUGCUGUGUAAAUGCAUAAACAAGGAAAAUAAAAGGCAAAAGAAUAAACAAACAUGUUGUGUAACUGAUAGUCGACAAAAGUGUCUGAAAUAAUAAAUAACUGCAAGUAAAAUACUUUCUUGAUUGCAUUAUUUAUA